AGUGAGAACCCAAGACAGUUUACACGAAGCAUCCGAUUCCAAAGAUUCAAACCGAGUAACUGAGUUUUCAACUCCAUGUUAAUUUGAUUACUAAUUUUGUAUAUUAUAUAUACCUUAGUUUAUCCAUAUGAUUGAAUGAACACACAAUUAACCAAAAGAGGAUUAUAAAAACAGUGAAAACUUGUUGAAGUUUUUAUGAAUCAUGACAACAUCACUAGCUUACCAAGAAAAUCUUCCAACAUCACCAGAAUGGCUAAACAAAGGAGACAACGCAUGGCAAAUGACAUCAGCAACACUUGUUGGUCUUCAAAGCAUGCCAGGACUUGUGAUUCUGUAUGCAAGCAUAGUGAAAAAGAAAUGGGCAGUGAAUUCAGCUUUCAUGGCACUUUAUGCUUUUGCAGCGGUUCUAAUUUGUUGGGUACUUGUUGGUUAUAGAAUGGCUUUUGGGGAUAAACUUUUACCCUUUUGGGGUAAAGGUGCACCAGCUCUAGGACAAAAGUUUCUUGUUGGAAGAGCAAAAGUACCUGCAAGUACUCACCAUUUUAAGAGUGGUGCUGUGGAAACACCAAUGGAAGAACCUUUUUUUCCUAUGGCUUCACUUGUUUAUUUUCAGUUCAAUUUUGCUGCUAUUACUAUGAUUUUGCUGGCUGGUUCUGUUCUUGGUAGAAUGAAUAUAAGAGCUUGGAUGGCUUUUGUUCCUCUUUGGCUUAUUUUUUCUUAUACUGUUGGUGCUUUUAGUCUUUGGGGUGGUGGUUUUCUUUACCAUUGGGGUGUUAUUGAUUACUCUGGUGGCUAUGUUAUUCAUCUCUCCUCUGGAAUUGCUGGUUUCACUGCUGCUUAUUGGGUUGGACCAAGGAUAAAGAGUGAUAGGGAAAGGUUUCCACCAAACAAUGUGCUGCUGAUGCUUGCAGGUGCUGGAUUGUUAUGGAUGGGGUGGUCAGGGUUCAAUGGUGGAGCACCAUAUGCAGCAAAUGUUGUAUCUUCAAUUGCUGUGUUGAACACAAACAUUUGUGCAGCAACUAGCCUCUUAGUGUGGACAUCUCUUGAUGUCAUUUUCUUUGGGAAACCUUCUGUCAUUGGUGCUGUUCAGGGUAUGAUGACUGGACUUGUAUGUAUCACACCAGGAGCAGGGCUUGUGCAAUCGUGGGCGGCUAUUGUGAUGGGAAUUCUCUCUGGGAGUAUUCCGUGGGUAACCAUGAUGAUCUUGCAUAAAAAGUCAAGUCUCCUCCAAAAGGUUGAUGACACUCUUGGUGUAUUUCACACACAUGCUGUGGCUGGACUAUUAGGUGGCCUCUUAACAGGACUAUUAGCUGAGCCAUCCCUUUGUAGAUUACUAUUGCCAGUAACAAAUUCAAGGGGUGCAUUUUAUGGUGGUGGUGGUGGUGUUCAAUUCCUAAAACAAUUAGUUGCAGCCUUGUUUGUUAUUGGAUGGAACAUAGUCUCCACCACAAUUAUUCUCCUUUUUAUACAAUUGUUCAUACCGUUACGGAUGCCGGAGGAGCAACUAGAAAUCGGAGACGAUGCCGUCCACGGUGAGGAAGCAUAUGCACUUUGGGGUGAUGGUGAAAAAUAUGAUCCUACUAGACAUGGUUCUUUAAAUACUGCCAACAAUGGAAGGUCGCCUUAUGUUAAUGGUGCAAGAGGUGGGACUAUAAAUUUAUGAGUCACAACUAUCAAAUUUUGUGUUAUAGAUGUGCUAUACUUUGCUCACACCUGUGUAUAAUGUUGGUCUUACAUUAUAUGAAUAGCAAAUGUUUGUGUUUAUGGAAGGUGUAAGUAAGAAGAAUUUUGAUUUUUUGUCACAAGAAAAGUUCUCAAGUUUUGAGAUAAUAUGGUUGUUUUUUUCUUCUUCUAGUCACCUUGAUUUUUGACAUUUUGUACUUCAAAUUUAUUGUAAAGAAUAUAUUGAUGCAUGUAUGAAGAUAUAAGAUUUAUCAAUUUUAAAUGACAUGAAAGCU